AAUAGUGUUAAAGCUAAAUCAAAGUAAGCGUCCCUUGAGCUGAAUAGCAUCCUACAAGCCAUCAAUUUGUAUCCAUAUGAUAACCCUGCGCCAGAAACACCAAUAACGUAUAAUGUUACCAAAAUUAUACAUUUCGCAUACAUUUGCGACCAUUCGAACUGGAGUAGUAAAAUCUAAAUAAAAGUCCUCUGAAAAGUACUGAAAAACGAAAAUGGCAUCCAAAUGCAAUUUUGUUGACAGAGGUGUAGCAAACCAUUUAAUAAAACGAAAACCCUUGGAUACAAAUCUGACUUCCAUACAAAAUCUAAUCAUAAGCACACUUCAAUAUGGGAUAAACGUACUUCAAGCACCAAUAAAAACGAAAUGUAGAUAUCGAAUUGUUUCCAAAAUGCCAUUAAAAGGCAUAAUAUUGCUUGUAUUAAUGAUCUACCUAAAAUUGACGCAUGCAGAUCAAGUUGUUUUGUUGGAUACAACCAGAGAAGCUACUUUGGAGUGGACCAGGUAUCCAUAUGGUCCUCAAGCCCAGACGCCUGGGUGGGUUGAAGAGUCAUUUACAGAUUUUGUGAAAGGUAUUAAUUGGAGAAGCUAUGUAGUUUGCGAUGUUGCUUAUAACAACGUUAAUAACUGGCUGUGGUCACCAUUUAUCGAUCGUGGGCCAGCAAACCGACUUUACAUUGAAAUUCAGUUCACAAUACGCGACUGUUCUUUAUUCCCAGGAAAUGCGCUGUCCUGCAAGGAAACUUUCAGUUUACUCUUUUACGAGUUCGACGCUGCCACCCGAGAGCCCCCUCCGUGGCAAACAGAAAGUUACAGACUCAUUGCUCGCAUCGCUGCUGGAGAGGGCCGCUUUAAUCAGAACUCCGAUGUGGAUAUAAAUACCGAGGUCAAAAGCAUAGCCGUUAAAAAAGGCGUUUACUUUGCCUUUAGAGAUCAAGGCGCUUGUAUCAGUGUUCUGGCCGUAAAAGUCUAUUAUAUCACUUGUCCAGCGGUUACUGAGAAUUUCGCUCAUUUUAAUGAAACGCCAACUGGAAGAGAAAUUACUAUUAUCGAGAAACAGAAUGGAACUUGCGUUGAAAACGCUGAACCCUAUGAGACCCCAACCUACUUAUGCAAAGGUGACGGGAAGUGGACCAUUCUUACCGGUGGCUGUCGUUGCAAGGCCGGCUAUGAACCAAAUGAUUUAAAUAAAACUUGCACAGAAUGUCCUCUUGGAACAUUCAAGUCUCAAGAAGUAUCAAAAUGUACGCCUUGUCCGCCCAAUUCAAAUUCUACGAAAACAGGAUCACCAUUUUGCAAGUGUACGCCAGGAUACUACAGACAUCCAAAUGAUGGCCGACAUAUGCCAUGCUAUAGUCCGCCAGGAGCACCUAUAAAUGUUACGUUGUUGUUUGUUGACCAAACAAGUGCCAUAAUAUCUUGGAGUGCCCCAACGAAGAAUGAAACACAUCCAAAGUAUCAUAGAGAUGUUGUAUAUAAGAUCCGAUGCAAUAUGUGCAGUUCAAAUGUAAUGUACAAUCCCUCGACUGACACAUUCAACGAAACCAAAAUAACUUUAACAAACCUUGAACCAGUCACCACGUACACUGUGCAGAUACACGCAACCAAUAGCGUCACGUAUCUUGUGGAUUCAAAACGGCACUCCAACGAAUCGUCUUUAAUGGCAUUUGAUGAUAUUACCUAUCCUAAUACGUCGCUUUCAAACACUCCAUUGGAUUUGAAUGAAAUAAAGACUAGCCACGCCGACAUAGUUUUUACAACUGAGUCAGUUUUGUUCUCGGCAGUUUUUAACUUACGUAUAUUGGCCAUAACUAGCAGGGAUGCCGAUCUAGAAUGGGACAAGCCUGUCCAAAGUGAUUCUCCACUUGAGUUUUAUGAAGUGCGUUGGUUUCCCAAGGUGGAAUUAGAUGCCAUAAACAAGACAGCUUUAAAUACAAAAGAAACCAAAGCACAUAUAGAUGGCCUGUUGGAAAACACAGAGUAUGGAUUCCAAGUCCGCUGCAAAACCAUAAAUGGGUUUGGUUCUUACAGUAAUAUGAUUUAUGCCCAAACUCUUCAAUCCGAAGGCACAGCUUACGAUGAUUCGGUGCAAAUACGAUUUAUUGCUGGUGCCAUUGUGACGGGCGUCCUGUUCCUAGUAUUAUUUAUAAUAGGCACAGUCUAUUUUAUGAGAUCAAAACAUCAGGACGAACUAGAUAAAAAGUCGACGACUCAUUUGCCCUUACCGAUGGAUUACGCUAGCAAUGAGGUUAAUUCUAUGGAUACAACUCCAAUUGUCAAAACCCUUCGCUUAAACGUGACGACGCCUUUGUUUGGUAACAGCAGAAGCUACGUAGAUCCGCAUACGUACGAAGAUCCGAACCAGGCGAUAAGGGAAUUCGCUCGGGAAAUAGAUGCAAACUACAUAACAAUUGAAGCUAUUAUCGGCGGAGGAGAGUUUGGCGAUGUUUGCCGUGGUCGUUUGAAGAUACCUCCUAAUUUCGUACAGGACAUUGACGUGGCAAUAAAAACAUUAAAACCAGGGUCUUCGGAAAAAGCGCGAUGUGACUUCUUGACAGAGGCUUCCAUCAUGGGACAGUUUGAUCAUCCAAAUGUUAUUUAUCUACAGGGAGUAGUAACACGUUCAAACCCAGUUAUGAUUAUUACUGAGUAUAUGGAAAACGGCAGCUUGGACACCUUUCUUCGUGUGAAUGAUGGGAAAUUCCAAACCUUACAGCUAAUAGUAAUGCUGCGUGGCAUUUCCAGCGGAAUGGCUUAUUUAAGUGAUAUGAAUUAUGUACACAGAGACUUGGCGGCUCGUAACGUUCUUGUCAAUGCCCAAUUAAUUUGCAAAAUAGCAGAUUUUGGGCUAUCACGAGAAAUUGAAAAUGCAAGCGAUGCAUAUACAACACGGGGUGGCAAAAUUCCUGUUCGCUGGACUGCGCCCGAAGCAAUUGCUUUUAGAAAGUUCACUUCGGCCUCGGAUGUUUGGUCCUAUGGAGUGGUCUUGUGGGAGGUUAUGUCCUACGGAGAACGUCCAUAUUGGAACUGGUCAAAUCAGGACGUAAUAAAGAGUAUUGAGAAAGGCUAUCGCUUACCGGCUCCGAUGGACUGUCCAGAGGCCCUAUAUCAGCUUAUGUUGGAUUGCUGGCAAAAGCAACGAACUCAUCGCCCGACAUUUGCAAGCAUCGUUUCUACCCUUGACAACUUGGCUAGACAACCGCAGUCAUUACUGACAACUCGAAGCUCACCCGAAUCAGACGGUACCCAUAUUUUGGAUACACAGCGUGGUCAAAAUAUAUUUAUAAGCACUGAUCUUUGGUUGGAAACCAUUAAAAUGUCAAGAUACUGUCAGCAUUUUAAAGAGGCUAAUUUAGUUAAUGCUCAACAGAUUUCAAGGUUAACAGCUCAACAGCUGUCAGAUAUGGGGAUUACCUUGGUGGGUCAUCAGAAAAAGAUAUUGCAUCAAGCCCGGCAGCUGGACACCAUAAUCUAACCGAUCUAUUUCAUAUUAGUUAUGUAAGAUGUACAUAUACAUAAUAUAUUUAUAAAUACAUAAAUGACACAUGUGAGAUACAAAAACACAGGAACACAUUACAUAGUUUAAGGAUUUUAUAGGUUCUGUAAACCAGAACUUUAGAAUAUUUAUAAUAGAAAAAACUUUUAUUUUGCUUAUACCAUUAGUUACUUUUGUUUCUAAUUAUUUAUCACACAAUUUUGUAAUCUAAUUGUAAAAGCAUAGAGUCGCUUUAAUUGCAAUUUUUUUCAAAUUUUUGUUGUGAUAAAAGUGACAUAAACAACAUUAUUAUAUUUUCAGACUUUAAUCCAUGGCUUAUUUUGCGUAUAAUAUUUAAAAACAAAUUAAUAAAGGUACACUCGUGCAGACAUA